GGGACUUAAUUUAGCCCUGACAUGCCACCUCCAGCAGACACAGGAAUAACCUAUACCCCUCCAGAUGGUGGAUGGGGUUGGGCGGUGGUGUUUGGAGCAUUCAUAUCCAUUGGAUUUUCAUAUGCUUUCCCUAAAGGCAUCACAAUAUUCUUCAAAGAAAUCCAGGAUUUCUUUGACACAUCAUACGGUGAGAUUGCAUGGGUGUCUUCAAUUAUGUUGGCUGCUACCUAUGGUGGAGGUCCCAUUAGCAGUAUUUUAGUGAACCGGUUUGGUAGCCGACCAGUGGUCAUAUUCGGCGGGCUACUAUGUGGCAUAGGAAUGGUCUCAGCUGCCUUCUGCACAAGCAUUUUUCAGCUGUACAUUUGUGCUGGACUUAUCACAGGGCUUGGCCUGGCCCUUAACCUCCAGCCUUCCGUGAUCAUCAUUGGAAAGUACUUUCUGAAAAGACGACCAAUCGCCAAUGGCCUUGCCAUGGCAGGAAGCCCUGUCAUGCUGUGUACACUGGCCCCCAUGAACCAGCUCCUUUUUGAACACUUUGGCUGGAGGGGGAGCUUUUUUAUUCUCGGGGCAAUUCUGCUGAACUGCUGUGUGGCUGGAGCUCUCUUCAGGCCCAUUGGAGCAGCAACAGGCCCUGCUAAGGGCCCAAAAGAGAGGCUGGCUGUAGAGACUCUAGAAGAACAGCUGGAAAUAGGAACAGCUGAACCACCUGGGCUCAGCACUGAAGAAAGGGAGGACAGAGACUGUUGUGAAAACUUUAACAAGUACCUUGAUUUAUCCCUUUUCAAGCACAGGGGCUUCCUGAUAUACCUGGUAGGAAAUGUGCUCAUGUUUCUGGGCUUUUUUGCCCCAAUUGUCUUUUUGGCUCCUUAUGCGAAGCACCUUGAAAUUGAUGAAUAUUCUGCAGCUUUCCUCCUGUCUAUUCUUGCCAUUGUUGAUAUGGUAGCCAGACCGGUUACCGGACUCCUUGCUAACAGCAGAUGGGUGAGGCCGAAGGUUCAGUAUUUUUUCAGCUGCUCCAUUAUGUUUAAUGGCGUCUGCCAUCUCCUGUGCCCUUUAGCAACAAGCUACUCAGGCCUAGUAGUAUAUUCAGUCUUUUUCGGCUUGGCUUUCGGUAUGGUUUGUGCAAUGCUGUUUGAAACUCUCAUGGAUCUGGUUGGCGCCAGCCGAUUCACAAGUGCCGUUGGACUGGUCACCAUAGUGGAAUGUUGUACCAUACUGCUCGGACCACCUAUUGGAGGAACCCUUAUUGAUACUUUUGGGGACUACAAAUACAUGUUCAUUAAAUGCGGCAUAGUGAUGGUCUUGGCUGGGUUGUUCCUAUUCAUCAUGAAUUACUACAAUUACAGGAUGCUUGCAAAAGAGGAAAAAAGGAAAAAAAUUGACGUGGCAAAGAAGGACCGAGAGUAA